UUGCACUUCGACAUCUUUCAUUUCGGUCGGCUUUGGGGAGAGAAGAGGACAUGGGAGACAAAUUGAACUGAAUAUAGCUACAAACGAAUUUAUUUUCAAUAUCAACCCAUUUGGCAUUUCGAACAUACUUUUUAAAAGUGGUUCUCAUGGAUAUUUUCAGACCGAUAAUUCCCAGUCUCAUCGGACUUCAGCAACGUCUCUUUGGAAAAGGAAAUACGCCUUCCGAACAGGGGAACAAGCAUCCAGCAGUGGCGAGCCAAAGAUAAACAAGCCUUAUGAUAACACUGAACACUGUAUGAUCCCCCAAGGUCCGAGCGGCUGUAGAUCCCAGAAAGCAGCAGCCAUGUUAGCCUGCCUACAGAGACGGCAGCAGAACCUCUCAUCUCAGCGUCUGGUCUGCACCCCCAAGAUCCUGGAUGCUCCGCAGCAGCAGCCCAGCACACGGCAAAGUGAGCUGGUCUCCAUGAAUGGCCCUCGGUAUCCUUCCCCUGCAGAGCUGGAUGCCUUUGCCCAGAAGACGGCCAGCAGCCCCCUGUCCAUCAAGAUCUUCCCAUCCAACAUCAGAGUGCCGCAGCACAAACAGCUGAACAGGACAGUCAACGGCCUGGACACCACAUGCACCCAGCACUAUAGUCCCUACUCAGGAGGCUACCAGGGCCUACUGGGUGUUGUAAAGGCCUCCGUCUCCGUGGUCAAAGGCGUACUGAAAAACUCUGAGGGCAAGAGGACUAAACAUUCCCCCGCCCAAACUGCAGUGGCACCAUACAACCUUUUCUGUAACAACAGACACGGGCAGCAGAAGAGCUACCGCAUAGGCUCCUGCAAGCCUCAUGACGGGCCAAAUGUGUCUGUACCCUCUAAUAUCAUUGGGGCUGUGUCAGUCAUUCCCACCCCGGUAGGGCAGACUCUGGCCCCUCAGCCGGAUCUGGACGUCCAAAGCCUGCUGAGGCAGAUGAACAGACACACCCACAGCCAGGCCCUGCAGCAUGGGGGAGGGGCCCAGCCAAGCCCUUCCCUUCAGGCUGUGGCUGCUGUAGCCUGUUCAGAUUCUGGCUUUACGCUGGGAGUAGCGCCCCAGAGCAGUCUGGCAUAUUCGGGGGCCGUGCUGCCCACCCAGAGUGCAGACAUGGCCAAGGCUGGCUACCUGGACAGAGUGGAUUAUAGCACAUGGCAGCACAAACAACAGCAGCAGCACUAUCAACAGGGGGCGCUAAGGAUAUACAACAAUGCCCGGAUGGGCAGCGGGGGAGGUGCCGUGGUCAGCCGCUCUCCAGAGACUUGUCUCCCUUUGGCCUGCUCGGCACAGCUCUCCUAUAGGCCUCAUCCCCUCAGUGCAGGCACUAACGGGGCAGGAGCAGGGAUAGGGCAGGACCGGGUUAGCUCCUCCCCUCUGAACUGUGCUGCCAUGCAUGGGGAGUUCUCUGUGGGCCAGUACUUCGCACCUCCCUGGAACAGUGUUCUGGUCACUCCGGACAGCGACUGUUACAACCCUCAGGAGCUGGUGCCUGGCUCCUCUAUUGUCCGGCCCAGAGACAUGGGGCUCUCCCACCCUCAUCCAAACCAUCACCCCAACCGCCAGCUCCACCCCCACCCUCACCCCCAGGCUUAUGCCACAGACCAAAGCCUGGGUCUCUGUUUUGGGAUGCCCAGCACCAGCCUGUGCCACGCCUCUGUGCUGAGCAGCAGCCUGCAGUCUCUGGAGUGCCUGAUCAGUGAGAUCCACCCACCCUGCAUUAAGGAGCGCAUGCUGGGACGGGGCUAUGAGGCGGUGGGGAUGCCCCAGCUACUGGACCACAACCUACAGCACACCCACAUUCAGCUGCCUGUGUUCCGAUAAGACGGGACAUAUCCACACAGGGCAUACAGUGCCUUCGGAAAGUAUUUAGACCCCUUGACUUUUUCCACAUUUUACGUUACAGCCUUAUUCUAAAAUAAAAAAUGUUUCCAAAUGUAUAAAA